CUUCCGAGGAAGCUAAGGCCGCGUUGGGGUGAGGCCCUCACUUCAUCCGGCGACUAGCACCGCGCCCGGCAGCGUCCGCUCAGCUCUCGCCCGCACCAUGGCCUCCGUCUCGGAGCUCGCUUGCAUCUACUCGGCCCUCAUCCUGCACGACGAUGAGGUGACGGUCACGGAGGAUAAGAUCAAUGCCCUCAUUAAAGCAGCGGGUGUGAAUGUUGAACCUUUCUGGCCUGGCUUGUUUGCAAAGGCCCUGGCCAACAUCAACAUUGGGAGCCUCAUCUGCAAUGUAGGAGCUGGUGGACCCGCCCCAGCAGCUGGCGCUGCGCCAGCAGGAGGUCCUGCUCCUUCCACCACUGCUGCCCCAGCUGAGGAGAAGAAAGUGGAAGCCAAGAAAGAAGAAUCUGAGGAGUCUGAUGAUGACAUGGGCUUUGGUCUUUUUGACUAAACCUCU